AUCUGCUGGAGGUGCUUCGACUAGGCACGUAGCUGGACUCUGAGUGACAACCAGGAGAGACAGCGUUGCUUGUGGUUAGUGUGUUAGUGUGUUACUGUCAAGGAAAGGAGAAACUGUAAGUACAAAUACAGCUGUACCAUCAUUGUGGAGAGAGAUACAAUCUGACAAGUAAAAAUGCUGUGGACUCUAUUGACCGUUUCUCUGAUUGGAAGUGCACAAAGCGGUAGAACACAAAGCGAAGACAGAAGACUUAAUGGAACAACAUCUCAGUCAACAAACUAUUUAAGCUAUACCGCUGACAGAGCUAUUGAUGGGGAUCUGGAAAAAUGUGCUCACACACUGGAUCGGAACAACUCCUGGUGGACAAUUGACCUGCUUGGUGUCUACAGAAUUUCUAACAUCACUAUCUACAACACUGAACAACUUAAUACUGACAUGAGCGGUGCUCAGAUCCACAUUGGAUUCUCUCGUCGGAAAAACGGCACUGACAACCCAUUGCAGAAAACCAUCCAAAACUUCAAGAAAAACCAUUUCAACAACUAUGUAUUUAAUACAACAGUGUUGGGGCGUUACAUCACGGUCUUCUUACCAAAUCAAGCCAAGCAUUUAAUUCUGUGUGAAGUGAUGAUCUUCGGCACAAGAAAAGAAUCACGCUUUAAGCUGGUCAAAGAGAAGAUGAGGUGGGACGAGGCCCUGUACUACUGCAGGGACAGAGACAUGGACCUGGCUUCCAUUGUUGGUGAAGAGACCCAGGUCUGGGCUGAUUUGGAGGCCCGGAAGGCUGAAACUCCUUUUGUGUGGCUGGGCCUUCGUUACACCUGCACCCUCAACUUCUGGUUCUGGGUCGAUGAUCAGCGCUUAACAUUCAAUCACUGGGCUCCAGAUAGUAAGACAGAAGAGUGUGACAUGAGUGUUGCCAUGGAAAAACAAAAGGACCAUUUCUGGUACAGCAAGCCGGACAACGAGAUGUUUAAUUUCAUUUGUGCAAAGUAGCCUCUCAGUCCCUUUUUUUUAAUCAAUUGUCAGUGGGGACAAUUCUCCUCUGAUGUGCUGUAGGUGAUGGGUUUUAGGCCCACUGCGGCAGCUUUCCACAUAUAAGUGAUAGAAUAAAACCGAGAGCAUCUCCACUCUCACCUCCCUCCUGAAGUGUAAAUAGGGCUUACAACAGGGGCGUUUCUAGGUGUUACAAGCCAGACAUAGGGCCUGUUUGCAUUUGUUCUGCCUUUUGUUUUUCUUUCUCUGCCUCCACUCCGUUUGGACUGUGUACUGUGCUAACUGUGCAUUUUAACAUCAAUUUGAAUUGUGUGUAUAUGCAGUAUCAAUAACUUUGGAAAAUUAGAGAUUUAUUAGAUUUUCUAAAAAUGGCUCAGAAUGUUUUUCUGAAUGAUCUAGGCAUCUACAUUCUGGGUUUAGUUUCACAAUGCUGUAAUAUUAUAGAGCAGAACUCCUUAGAUCACAAUAGAUUAAGAUUUUAGGGGUGCCUGGCUUACAACAAAACAGUUAUUUAUAUACAUGUACACACACUGUUUAUUUUUAGGCCAUGCGUGCACUCACUUUGUAGAUGUUUGGAAUUUUAAUUCAUGAUACAGUAAUAUAAUGAUUAAAUGAUAGAUAAAUAAUGUUGUUAUAAUAUGUAAGAACAUGAAGAAAAAAUAGAUCCUGAAAAUAGAUGUUGGUGGAAUAAAUCUUUUUAGAUGUCUUAAAACUAUACAGACAUUAUGAAAACACUAAUGCAUUGUUAUUUACACUCCAUAGGCCUACAUUUUAUGUGGCCACACAUAUUUGCAUAUACCUUUGUUGAUAUAAAACAUUUGCAGCCUUCAA